CGAUGGGCGGUCCGCCACAGCGAGAGCGACGGGGGCGUUUUCGUGCGGUUGCGGAACGGUUUGUUGCGGGGAAUGUGUGAUUAAAGUCCCGCAGCUAAUUGUCCCCUUUCGGGGCCCGAGUUCACGGCACGAAGGUAGACGCCGGAACAGGGUGAUGCGCCAUUGGCCACUGGGGGGCGGCUGUCCUCUCCACAACCUGCUCAUCCUUUGAAGCAUACGGAUACAGGACCAGGACCCCCCCCCCCCCCCCCCCCCCCCACCUCUGACCCUCCGACCCCCCCCCCACCGCGUCACGGCGGCCCCAUCGCCCACUGAAGUCAUUCGUGCCAAAGCUAGAUCGGGGGGAGGCGGAGGAGGAGGAGCCAAGAUGGGCAGCCCGGGGUGUGAGGUGGGCCCGGCCGGGCCCCUGGACCCCGUGGUGCCCCUGGAGGCGGCCUGCUGUGAGUGCGGCCAGGUGCACCGCUCCAGGGAGAACCACCUGUACAACUACCGGCUGGAGGUGGACGACGACCUGGUGUGCCACAUCUGCCUCCAGCCACUGGUGCAGCCGCUGGACACGCCCUGCGGCCACACCUUCUGCGCCCGCUGCCUGCGCAGCUUCCUGCAGGACCGCGACUUCUGCCCGCUGGACCGCACGCGGCUGCAGCUGCAGGCGUGCCGUCGCUCCAGCAUCCUGGUCCACAAGCUGCUGGACAAGCUGUCUGUAUCCUGCCCCCACGCCCCCGCCUGCUCCCUCAGCAUGCCCCGCUGCGACCUGGAGGCCCACCUCAAACACAGGUGCCCCGGGACCCAGACCCAGCAGACGGGCGUGGACGGCCAGCGGUGCAAAGGCGGGGACAGGGGCGUUGCCAUGGUGACCAGUCCCUCCAGAUCCCCCUUGUCGCCGCCGGAGACGGACCUGAGGGACGCCACCCCCUCACCGGCCCCUGCGCCCCCCCCCACCACGGUCUGCCGCAGCGCCUCCCUGUGGACGGAGGAGCCGGGACUGGACAACCCCGCCUUCGAGGAGAGCACAGAGGAGGAGAGCGUGGUAGGGCUGGAGUGCGUUGUUCCCAGGGUCAAGAGGCCCCUCAGUAACCCCUGCAUCCACCUCCUCCGCUCAGUUAGCUCCGCCUCCUCUGGCUGGGACUGCUCAGAGUCCCCGCCCCUCUCGGCUGAAGAGGGCUGCGUGAAGCUGCCCUCCCUCCCAGAGGGGGAGAUCACCACCAUAGAGGUGCACCGCGCCAACCCUUACGUGGAGCUGGGCAUCAGCAUCGUGGGGGGCAACGAGACGCCCCUCAUCAACGUGGUGAUCCAGGAGGUGUACCGGGAGGGGGUCAUCUCCAGGGACGGCAGGCUGCUCGCUGGGGACCAGAUCCUACAGGUGAACAACGUGGACAUCAGCAACACGGCCCACAGCUUCGCCCGCUCCACGCUGGCGCGACCCUGCACCUCGCUACAGCUCACCGUGCUCCGGGAGCGCCGCUGCGCCUCCCGGGCGCCGCCAGCCCCCUCCUCCUCCUCCUCCUCCACCCCCGGCAUCCCCCACGCCCCCUGCUCCACCCCCGAGGGCGCGCCGGCCAGCCCGGCCAGCCUGCGCAUCACGCUGACCAAGAGGGACUCGUCGGAGCAGCUGGGCAUCAAGCUGGUGCGGCGCACCGACGAGGCGGGCGUGUUCGUGCUGGACCUGCUUGACGGGGGGCUGGCCGCCAAGGACGGACGGCUGUGGGGCAACGACCGCGUGCUGGCGGUCAACGACCAGGACCUGCGGCACGGGACCCCGGAGCAGGCCGCCCAGAUCAUCCAGGCCAGCGGAGAGAGGGUCCACCUGUUGAUUGGCCGGCCCACCAAGCCGACUCCGCCCCCACCUCCUAAGUCAAGCUCCACCAGAGACCUGUACUGCCUUGACCACUUCCUGCCUAACCACAGCGGCAGCCCCAGCCCUGUGCCGACGCACCCAUCCCGCGCUACCACCCACCGAGACCUCUCCCAGUGUGUAAGCUGUAAAGAGAAACAUAUCACUGUGAAGAAGGAGCCCCAGGAGUCCCUCGGCAUGACUGUCGCCGGGGGGCGGGGCAGCAAGAGUGGCGAGCUGCCAAUCUUCGUGACCAGUGUCCAACCACACGGCUGCUUGUCCAGGGACGGACGAAUCAAACGAGGUGACAUCCUGCUGAGCAUCAACGGCCAGGACCUGACCUACCUGAGCCACAGCGAGGCGGUGGGCACCCUGAAGGCCAGCGCGGCCACGCCCGCGGUCCAGCUGAGGGCCCUGGAGGUGACCCUGCUGGAGGAGCGGGGCCAGCAGGACCAGCUGCUGGCCCACAGCCACGACAGCGACUACGACGCAAACUGGUCCCCCUCCUGGGUCAUGUGGCUGGGGCUGCCCAGCUACCUCCACAGUAGUCACGAGAUAGUGCUGCGCCGGAGCCACCCGGGCAGCUGGGGCUUCAGCAUCGUGGGAGGGUACGAGGAAACCCACGGCAACCAGGCCUUCUUUAUCAAGACCAUUGUCCUGGGAACACCUGCGUACUACGAUGGGCGCCUUAAGUGCGGCGACAUGAUCGUGGCGGUGAACGGGCUGUCGACGGCGGGCAUGAGCCACUCGGCGCUGGUGCCCAUGCUGAAGGAGCAGCGGAGCCGGGUGGCCCUCACCGUGGUGUCCUGGCCCGGGAGCCUGGCCUAGCACUGAUGCCAGGCCGUCACUGUGGGGGUCCUAGCCUAGCCCUCACCGUGGGGUCCCGGCCCAGGCCGCUGAUCCUCCACUCCACUGUGGAGGGGUUCCCCAUUAGCUACACGAGUCCACACCGGGAUGUAUACACAAGGACCAAACCAUUCAGAACUGUUGUAGAUGCAUCAGGGUUCCCCAUCAGUCAUCCUGGUGAGGGGAUCUGUGUCAGAGUGUGCCACAUCCCCUGUGGAGUUGCACCCCUCACAUGGUCAUGUUGUCUUCACUCCCAUCCACACGGAGGGAGCCUGCUUUGGUUAGCUGACCUAGCAGCAGGCUGCCCUCCAUCGUCAACGGGCUGCAUUAGAACCCUUACGGAGGCAACAUUUACGUAGAACUAAAGCCUAGUAUUAGACCCCCCCCGAAUGACCCUCUGCAACGGCGAGAAGGCCACGUGUCACUUUAUAAACAUUUUUAUCUGCAAUACCAGUGCUGUCCAGCUGACUACGCCCCAGGCCUUACUAGAUACCUGCCACACCCUGGGGCCCGCCUGCCCCGAGGCCUCAUUACCAUGGCGUCCAGCCGUCCUCCCGCUGGAGUUUUCUACAUGUGUGAAUGUGUAUUCUGUUUGAUUAAUAAAGCUCUCCUGUGAAGGAACA